CUUCUUCCACUCCACCCAGUCUCCUCUCUUCUCUCUCUAUAACUGUAUACACAUAUGUACAGUUAGAGAGAAUGGCGUCCUUGCUUCCAACACAGCUAGCCACUCCCGCCAAAUUCAACCAGCGUCGUCAGACCAAAUCCUGUACUCGCCACAGCACACUUACAUGGCGGCGCACAUUAGCUCCGGACGCUCUCAUUUCUUCACUCUCUUCGUCUUCCACAGGCAGAUUUUGUACGCAAAAAGCUGUGAAAUGUAGUGCUCAGGCAGCGAAUCUUGCUCCGGGGACUCCUGUGAGGCCGACUAACAUACUGGUCGUCGGUGCCACCGGAACCCUAGGCCGGCAGGUGGUGAGGCGGGCUCUCGACGAGGGCUAUGAGGUGAGGUGCCUUGUGAGGCCCAGACCGGCUCCAGCAGACUUUCUUCGGGAUUGGGGUGCGACUGUAGUCAAUGUUAGCAGUCCACUCAAUUGGUUUAGGUGUUUUUUCACCCUCUCUAGAGAUGCAGAUCUAAGCAAACCUGAGACAAUACCCGCAACAUUGGUUGGUAUUCAUACUGUCAUCGACUGUGCUACAGGGCGUCCAGAGGAGCCCAUAAAAACUGUAGAUUGGGAAGGAAAAGUUGCGCUUAUACAAUGUGCAAAAGCAAUGGGAAUCCAGAAGUUUAUAUUUUUUUCCAUCCACAACUGUGACAAGCAUCCUGAAGUUCCGCUGAUGGAGAUAAAAUAUUGCACUGAGAAGUUUCUUCAGGACUCGGGCAUAAACCACAUCAUCAUUCGAUUAUGUGGCUUCAUGCAGGGCCUAAUCGGGCAGUAUGCUGUACCUAUACUAGAAGAGAAAUCUGUCUGGGGAACAGAUGCCCCUACACGAAUAGCUUACAUGGACACACAAGAUAUAGCUCGGCUGACAUUCAUAGCUUUGCGAAAGGAGAAUAUUAAUGGGAAGCUUCUUACUUUUGCUGGGCCUCGUGCAUGGACGACCCAAGAGGUGAUAACAUUGUGCGAGAGGCUUGCAGGGCAAGAUGCUAAUGUAACUACAGUCCCUGUCUCAGUUUUGAGAUUAACUCGGCAACUGACUCGGUUUUUUGAGUGGACAAAUGAUGUUGCUGACAGAUUGGCAUUUUCAGAGGUUCUUUCAAGCGAUAUUGUUUUCUCGGUUCCAAUGAAUGAGACGUAUACACUUCUUGGCGUGGAUGCAAAAGAUGUUAUUACACUAGAGAAAUAUUUAAAGGAUUAUUUCACAAACAUAUUGAAGAAAUUGAAGGACCUCAAAGCACAAUCGAAGCAAACUGACAUUUACUUUUAAAGGAGUAGCUUGUGUUUGUACAUGAAGCUGUGUGUUUGUAUUGACAGUGAGUUUGAUAGCUUUAACACUGAAGCAUAGGUAUGGCAUUUGUUCGGAAUUUUUAUGUUCUUUGUUUCCUCAUAUGUAGCAUGACUAUACUUGAGGAAAAUAACUUUUAUAAUUGGAAGAAAAAUCUCAUGCUUUCGAUCUUA